UGUUGUUCUUCCGGUACUCUUCGUCAUCAGAAAUGGCUUCUCUUGACAGGGUAAAAGUGUUAGUUUUAGGAGAUUCUGGGGUUGGCAAAUCUUCCUUAGUCCAUUUAAUAUGUCAGAAUCAGGUUUUUGGAAAUCCAUCUUGGACUGUUGGCUGUUCUGUGGAUGUACGGGUUCAAGAUUACAAAGAAGGAACCCCUGAGGAGAAAACUUUCUACAUUGAGCUAUGGGACAUUGGAGGAUCAGUUGGCAGUGCCAGCAGUGUCAAAAGCACCAGAGCAGUCUUCUACAAUUCAGUAAAUGGAAUAAUAUUGGUACACGAUUUAACAAAUAAGAAAUCUUCCCAAAAUCUCUACCGCUGGUCAAUGGAAGCUUUGAAUAAGGAUUCCUCCCCAACAGGAGUCAUUGUCUCAAAUGGUGAGUAUGACAGAGAACAGUUUGUUGAGAACGCAGUGCCUUUGCUGCUGAUCGGAACAAAGUUUGACCAGAUUCCAGAGAACAAACGCAGUGAAGUUCUCACUAGGACGGCCUUCCUUUCUGAAGAUUUUAAUGCAGAGGAGAUCAAUCUUGACUGCACAAACCCAAGAUACUUUGCUGCAGGCACAUCAAAUGCUGUGAAACUUAGCCGUUUCUUUGAUAAGGUAAUAGAGAAGAGAUAUUUCACCAGAGAUUCAAGUCAGAUGACAGGCUUUACUGACAGAAAAAGGUUCAGCUUCAAAAGUUUGCACUAUGACUGAGUUCCAUGAAUGCAACAGUGGUGGUCUGUGGUUG